GCGACGCCGCUGCAGUGUCACUGUGUCUUUACUCAGGAUUGUAGUGUUUUCUCUGAACACCAGCAUUUUGCGUGGAAAUGUACUGAAGCGGAAGCAAUAAUGGAUCCCAUCGCCGAGACUCCGAGUAAAGAAGUCGACAUUUAUCGGGACACAUGGGUUCGGUUCUUGGGAUAUGCCAACGAGGUGGGCGAGGCGUUUCGUGCCCUCGUGCCGGUCAGCAUGGUGUGGGCGAGUUACGCAGUCGCUACGGCAUACGUGUCCGCUGACGCGGUGGAUAAAGGCAAGAAGGCAGCUGUGGCUCACGGUGAUCACCCCGGGAAGACCACGCGUGUAGCUGUUGCCGUCGUGGACACGUUCGUGUGGCAGGCGUUGGCGUCCGUGGCCAUUCCCGGCUUCACCAUCAACCGUGUGUGUGCUGCUUCACUCUACCUGCUGGGCAAAACAACACGGUGGCCUUUACCAGUGCGCAAGUGGACCACCACCGCCAUCGGCCUUUCUACCAUCCCCUUCAUUAUCAAACCCAUCGACAGGUCUGUAGACUUCCUCCUGGACUCCAGCUUGAGGAAGGUGUACGGUGGAGGAGAGAAGCACGAAUGAAGACGACGAACACGUCCACGUAAAACCUCAUCAGAUCACAGCAGCAGCAGCAGUUUUCCUUUCCAUCACACUGUUUCACCCUGACGCACAACCUGAUACUGAUACAGCGAGCCGCGGUUCGAUACGACCAUUCAUUAGACUGCAUAAUAAAUAAAAAGUAGAGUAUUUUUCAUAUUUUUAAUAAGAUACAGUAAAGUGGUGAGUCUGAAUCGAUCUUCCAAACAUAACGUAUCGUAAAAAUAGGGCAUUUUUUCCCGUUACACGUCACACUCCUGGAAGUUCUGUAUAAUGUAAGACUGUGAGGAAGAUAACACUUCAGGUGAUGUGUGAUUGUUCUGAAAAUAAAAAAAAAAACUGUUAUGCUGUAAGAAUUUUUUUAAGGGUGUAAGCUGUAUUACUGAGCUGGCUUCGAGUUUUAUACAUUUAUUUCACAGUAUGAACAACUUUAUUCUUUUGCACAGGAUCUUUCCCACACAUUUAUUUUACAUUUAUUUUUUUAAUUUUAUUUUGACAUUUUUAAAUCU